AUGAUCUGCAACUACUUGGAUAUCAAAUUUCUUACAAGCUUUUGCCGCGUGUCGCGUAGCUUCCAGAGGCUGGUGCAACCAAUGAUAUUCUUAGAGUUUCACUCGGGUCUAUACGAUCAGCGAAACCUUUGGAAGCGGCUAGAACUUCUAGCAAAUGCAUUAACGAGCCGUCCAACUCUUGGACCAAAGAUAUUUUAUAUCUCUGUUAAAUUCCAUAGGCUUCAGCAUGUGGGAAAGCUCGCACAACUCCUUCGUCCAAUUCUUCAAAAGGCUACGAAUCUUCGCUCUUUGUCUCUUCCUAUUCAUGUGGCUACUGCAGAUCUUCUUGAUAGUCGUACUUUUGGCUACCUCGGUCAGGACUUGAAGAUCAAAGCUGCAUAUGAUUGGAUUUUGGGCCUUGACGAGAUAUCUCUCUUCCGUUCUUCCGUUGAACGAAAUCAGCUGUACACCUACCACCGACAAGACGAAUUACAGCUCCAACGCUUAGUUAUUGGCUCAUGUGCAUUAGAAUAUCGGUCUACCACUAGACUUCUGCAGCGGCUUCAUAGACUUGAGGUGGUAGAAUUCUACAAGGUCGAGCUACGGAGCUGUGCUUCCUUCAGUUGCGAGUCAAAAGUGGCGGGGAUCGUCAAGGCAUUGCUCUCAUCCAAAAAUCACCUGAAGAAACUGGCUUUACAUAUCAGUGGCAUUCGCGAUUCUUGGACUGGGAUCAAUAAGAUCUUGUCUUUCGAUUCUUUCUUAAGACUUCAGGAUCUCGAGAUUAACGAGCAAGAUCUAGCCGCCAAUGCAGUAUUUCCCGCAUCCUUGACCAAACUAGUGCUCGUUGACUGGGAAAAAAAGCCAAGCUUUCCAUUUACUAAAGAUUUAGCCAAAAAAAAACUCCCUAUACACCUUGAAUCUAUAACCAGCUAUAGCAGAGCUCCGGGUAUUUUGCGUCACACGCUGGAAGACAGAUGGAGCUCUCACGAGGUCGAGGUCCACUAUCACAGGUUUGAUGAUAGCCUGCCGAAAGGCUCUAUUCGAGUGCCUGAUAGCCCGUCGUGA